AUGCGCACCGCUCUCGUCUUUUCGCUAGCUGCCGCUGCUUUUGUCGGUAGUGCGUCCUCGUCCACGCUCCAUUCGGCGUCUGUCGUGACCAGUCAAGAGGACGAGUCUGCCAAGACAAGGGUGUUACGAUCUGGCGCGACGGAGGCAGACAGAUUGCUCGAUCUUCCAGUCAUUGUCGACAUACUGAAGACGAAGACGAAAAAACUCAUCGACAAGUUCUUGAGAGCGCUGCGCUUGGAGAAGGGUGAGUCCUUUGUUGUUCGUCUCGCUCGGGACGCUGCCAAUCAUCGUGGUUCAAACCCUUUCAUGACACUCCGCUUCAAGUCGCGGUUCGAUCGUGCUUGCCUUACUAAGGCGCGGAGAAAAUCGAUACUUUGGGGUCUCUUGAAACAUUUCGACGAUGUUGAAUUGGCAAGGAUGCUGGAAGCUGCCAGACAGAAUAAAGAAUACGAAGUCAUGGCGAAAGCUUUACAAGAGGCGCUAAUAGAGAAGUGGGUGACGGAUGAAAGUAUUCACAUUGACGACGUGUUCGUCAAAUUGGAACUUAAUACUGGACUGGAGAAAGCACUGACGAGCCCGGAUCUAGUCCUAUUCAACCGAUACAUCAACAUCCGCAACAGGUAUCGCACGAAUGAAAAAGACCGCACAACUUUGCUGAGAUACUUGGUGAAAGUUUAUACAGUGAAUGCUGUGGUGAGGCAGAUUCAGAACCUUAAGGAUGCAAAUCCGACGGUCCGAAAAUUGCGUAACAGGCUCUUCGAAGAAUGGUGUAUGGAGGAUAUUGACCUCAAACAAGUCCGGGGUAUGCUUGAGUUCAAAUUGUCAAAAUGGGCGGACGACCCCGCCGCGUCGAUUUUACGCGACUUCAGCGAUUAUCGUCGUGAUUCCAAACGGAUAGAGUCCGUGGAGUUCAAACUGGAUUAG